AUGUCUAGCUUCGACAAGACAGUCAAGUUAGCUUGCAAACCAAAGGCCGCGCCUCCAAAGGCAAAGUACCUAGAUCCCAUAAUUGCUGCUACUUGGUCAGAAGAUGGUGCUGUCCAUGACGUUUGCAAAGCGCUCGUUCCUCGCCUUCGUGAACCUAAUGCAAUCGUCGUGUUUAAGGCACUAAUCGUGCUCCAUACCAUGAUUCGCAAUGGAGCGACAGACAACGUCUUGUCUCAUCUAUCUUCUUCGGAAAUUCUUCGUCUGCGAAAUGUCUCUGCCAAUAACUGGGAAGGAUACAACGCUCCCCAGAAUCUCCAGCAUUACGCAAUUUAUUUGGACUCCCGCAUACGCGCAUAUCGUGAUUUGAAGCAUGAUGCAAUCCGUGUUCAGGCAGAGUCAAAUCGUGACAUGCGCGUCAAUAACUCCAUCGAAGAGGAUAUGGCAUACUCCAGUGCUCCGGCCCCAAAGUCAGGAUCCACAAAGUCCAGGGCGCCUCAAAGGAGUAAAACAAUAAUGGGAAGGAAAUUACGCGUCAUGACUGUGGAUAAGGGCCUACUCCGGGAGACCAAGACCGUGCAAAUAAUGAUUGAUACCCUGGUAGAGUGCAGGUUCUAUCUCGAUGAUCUAGAAGACGAAUUAACUAUAACUGCGCUACGCAUGCUUGUCAAGGAUUUGCUCAUUCUUUUUCAGGCCGGCAAUGAAGGCGUCAUCAAUGUAUUAGAACACUAUUUCGAGAUGUCAAAGAUUGACGCCGAGCAGGCGCUCUCCAUAUAUCGUCAUUUCUGCACUCAGACAGAGCGAGUGGUCGAGUACUUGGGCGUGGCAAAGAAAUUGCAGAAUCUACUCAACGCUCCUGUAUCGUUGGCGGGUGCACUCCAGGAAUACUUGAACGACCCCAACUUCGAGCAGAACAGAAUUGAGUACAGGACAAAUAAGGAAGCUGCCGACAGAAACGGCAAAAAUCGCAGUGGGACUUUGUCUUCGGCGCCUAAAGCUUCAUCGUCGCAAGCAACCUCCACUGCAUCCACAUCUACCCCAUCAAAUGGGACGUUCGGUCAAGCUUCCAGUCCCGCACCCAAGCCUGAAACUACUCAGGCUAUGGCAGACUUUUUUGCUUCUAUCGAGGAAGAUAAACCUGCCACGAGUAGCAGCUCAACAUCCAACCAUCUCCGUCAACAGCCAGCGUCCAAUCCUUUCGUUCAGCGACAAAUGACGGGUGCUUUCCAAGGUCAACCCUUCGGUUUCCCUGGUCAAAUUCAGCCACAGGCCACUGCCUUCCCACAGUCCUUCCAGUCAGUUCAGCCCAACGCAUUUGGUCAGCAACUGCCAUCCACUCAACACCAACAUCGACCUUUCUCCGCCUUCUUGCAACCACAACCUACUGGAUUUGUAAUGCCACCAAGCACAGGUUUCUUGCAGCCGCAAGCCACCGGCGCAAACCCAUUCAGACAGAGCAUGAUGAUGAUGCAGGGGACUGGUGGACCGGCUUUCAACUUUGGGACCACGAAUGCUUUGCCCCAAUUGCAAGGACAAACCAACACACCAUUCCAGCCAACUUCCCAGCCUCAGCCGUCGUGGUCUUCGAACGGAUUCGCUAUGCAAACGGCAUCCACAAGUACGCAGUUUGGACAGAUCAAUGGGACGCGCACGUCAUUUGACGCGUCUUCGACCUCGCCACCAGUAGCGCAACCUGUCAAAUCUCAUCAGACUGGUUCGCGCAAUCCGUUCGGAGUGCCAACCAUGCCAGCCCCGCCAGUGCCAAAGCCACCAACACUGAUGGAGCUGGCCAUGGGUAUCGGAAGCUCGAACAAUAUUCCACCUGCUGAUUCUGCAUCACCUCAGACUCAACAGCCACAACAGACAGGCUUUUUUGGACCGCCAGGCGCUUCUGGUGGCGAGUCAUCGAUAUCGAGCGUUGCCUCGUCCUUUGCAUUCGGCCGAAAAUCAGAGGACAGCAAAUUUAGCCCUAGCAGUUUUGGAAUACUCAACCCACAGACCACCACGACUGCAUCAGAUUCUUUAUUUUCUUCCUUCUCUCCACCGUCCACGCAACCUACAGGUGCCACCAUUGCCUCUACCACUUCUUCCAUGUCGCCUUCAGGUGACCAGCUAAAACCCCAAAUGACCGGCUUUAGUGGCAUCAAGCCAUUUAAACCUACAUCCUCCUUUGGGGCUUCCUUGUUGGAAUCACUACCUCCAAUACCACAGUCCGGUCCCACUACUCCUACUGUCACUGGUACGCCCGGUAAUUUGUCUUCCCCACCAGCUUCGAGCGGGACAACUCCUGCUUUUGGCGCUGGUGUUUCGAACAUCGGGCAGCAGCCCACUGGUGUUGGUGCCUUUAGUUCACAGCCAGACACAAGGCCCACGCUAGGGGUUGGUCUCAGACCCCAGGCAACCGGUGGAGCCAACCCUUUCAGGGCUACGAUGUAUGCCGCAUCCUCGCUCAAUGCCGGAGGUGGAUCUGUGCAGCCCACUAUGGGCUCGCUGUCACAGUUCAGUGGAAUCAAUGGAUCCUCAUCCUUUGGAUCCAGUUAUGGGAGGAGCCCUUUUGGAUAUCCUGGAGCCCAGGAUCCUUCACAGCAGCCUUUCCAACAGCAAAGCGGGACCGCAUCACUUAUUUAA